AUGAAGCUGCGGCUCCAGCAGGUUCAACAAGCUCAACAGGAAGAAAACCGGUCCAAGGGUAACACGGAGGGAGAGGGGGAUAGCCAGCAGAGGGAAACCCCCCGGAGACCAACUACCCCAGACGAACAGAACUCAGAUCUUCUUCGGGAAAUGAGGAAAGAGAUGGACGAACUAAGGAGCGCUAUCAAAGAAAAGACGGACCGGAGCGUAGACAAAAUGAUAAGGGCUACAGAUUCACCCUUCACUGCAGCAGUACUUGAUUGCCCCGUGCCGUCAAAGUUUCGCCUGCCUCAAUUAGAGCCAUUCGACGGACUCAAGGACCCUCAGGAUCAUCUUAAUACCUUUAAGACGACUCUGGGUCUCCAGCAGCCACCUGAUGAGAUAUUGUGUCGGUCAUUCCCUACGACUCUCAAAGGAGCUGCAAGAGAGUGGUUUACUAAGUUGCCAAACUCGUCCAUAGACAACUUCGAUCAGCUGAGUAGUGCUUUUUUGCGCCACUUCAUAGGGGGACAACGCCCAAGGAGACCAGUAGAUUACUUACUCACCAUAAGACAGGGAGAGAAGGAGACUCUGAGGUCAUAUGUCAAGCGAUUCACCCGGGAAACUCUGGAAGUGGACGAAGCUGAUGACAAGGUGCAGCUGACGACCUUCAAAGCAGGUUUGAGAUCCAGAGACCUUGUGGCCUCUCUUGCAAAAAACCCCCCGAAGACAAUGGCUAAGAUGCUCCUGAAGGCACAAAAGUACAUGAACGCGGAAGAUGCUCUAGCUGCCAUAAAAGAUACUGACAGACUAGGGGACAAAUCCAAAGGAGAAGACGACCGCAGAGGGCAAAAGAGAGACAGACCAGAACGUCGGAACAACGACGGGAAUAGAAGGAGAGACGACAAAAAUCCUCGUCAGAACAAAUAUUGCCGGUUCCAUAGAGACCACGGCCACAACACAGAAGAUUGCAGAGACCUGAAGGAACAAAUAAAGGAAUUAAUACGGAAAGGAAAGUUACAGAAAUAUGUGAAGAAAGGAGAAUAUAGCAAGUUCAGAGACGACAACAGGACCCAACAAGAAUCCUUUACUCGGGAUGACGACCAUCCGUCCCAGUCUCCACGCAAAGUGAUCGGGGAGAUAAACACGAUCGCGGGCGGACCAUCCUCAGGAGGAUCGUUUAGAUCACUCAAAAAAGCAUGCCACAGACAGGUGAACAGUGUCCACACCAUGCCUCCGUCCAAGCACCGACGAACAUACCAAGACAUGUCCUUUAAUGAAGGAGACGCCAGGGGAGUAAAGCAGCCUCACAACGAUCCCCUGGUCAUAGUGCUGAAUAUUGAAGGGUUCAAUACCAGAAGGAUCCUUAUUGAUAACGGGAGCUCAGCGGAUAUCAUCUACCUUCCAGCCUUCCAACAGUUGAGAUUAGAUCCAAAAAGGCUCCGUCCUUUUGACUCUCCGCUCGUCAGCUUCAGUGGAGACAGGGUCUACCCCAGGGGAAUAGUGACUCUGACGGUGACGGCAGGGACCUACCCAUUGCAGUUGACCAAACAAGUAGACUUCCUGGUGGUAGAUUGCCCCUCGUCCUACAAUGUCAUCAUUGGGAGGCCCACCCUAAACAAGUGGAAGGCGGCGACGUCAGCCUACUGUUUGAAGGUGAAAUUCCCAACAGACAGCGGCGUGGGUGAAGUGAAGGGUGACCAAGUCCUGGCAAGGGAAUGCUAUCAGGCCGUACUGGCAAAAAAGGAGAACCACACGUGGACGAUUGAAGAAAAAGAGGAGGACGGGAUGGAGACCCUAGAAGCAGUAGAGUUGAUAGAAGGAAAUGCGGACAAGACGACCAGGAUAGGGACGACGCUAAGCCCCGAGAUGAGAACGAGACUCAUAAAAUUCCUUAAGGGGAAUCUAGAUAGCAAGGAGGAGCUCGCUCACCUGGACGACCUGGAGGAGACUUUUGCAACCCUGAGAAAACACCAGAUGAAGCUGAAUCCAAGCAAAUGUGUUUUUGGAGUAGCCUCGGGAAAGUUCUUGGGAUUCAUGGUUUCCCAGAGAGGAAUAGAAGCAAAUCCAGAGAAAGUACGAGCUAUCAUCGACAUGGCUUCACCCAAGACCGUCAAGGACGUACAAAAACUUACAGGAAGGAUAGCAGCCCUGAAUAGGUUCGUCUCUAGGGCCACAGACAUAUGCCUACCCUUCUUCAAAACCCUCAAGCAGGCUUUUGCUUGGACCGACGAAUGCGAAGUAGCGUUCCAAGAGCUGAAGCAAUACCUGAGCAGUCCACCUCUCCUGAGCCCGUCCAAAGGAGGGGAGAACUUAUACUUAUACCUGGCAGUGUCAGCCUCGGCAGUAAGCGCAGCCUUGAUUAGAGAAGAAGGCAAGAAGCAACUCCCGGUGUACUACGUCAGCCAAGCCUUUCAAGGAGCUGAGUUCAGGUACCCAAGGAUCGAAAAGAUCGUGUUUGCACUUAUAGUAGCCUCGCGCAAGCUCAGGCCGUAUUUCCAAUCAAAUCCUAUCCUUGUGAUGACGGAUCAACCAAUUAAGAAAUCAAUGAACAAACCAGAAGUAGUAGGGAGAAUGGUCCAAUGGGCAGUCGAACUCAGCCAAUUUGACAUCGAGUACCAUCCAAGAGCAGCUAUCAAGGCACAAGCUCUGGCUGACUUCAUCGCUGAAUUCACUCUGCCAGACGAAGAUGGAAUUACAGACGAAGUUGAUAAAUGGACAAUACAGACAGAUGGUUCGUCAGCCCAAAAGAGAGGGGGAGUAGGGGUCGUCAUAACCACCCCCGACGGAGAAGUGAUGAAAUAUGGGGUUCAACUGAAGUUCCCAGCCACCAAUAACGAAGCCGAGUAUGAAGGAAUAUUGACGGGCUUGAGGCUUGGGAAAGCUCUUGGUGCCAAAAACUUGCUGAUCCAAAGUGAUUCAAAGCUGGUAAUCGGACAGAUCAGUGGGGAGUACGAGGCAAAGGAAGAAAGGAUGCAGAAAUACCUUAAACUGACUAGGCAACUAACUCAAGAGUUCGACACAGUGGAGUUCGUCCAGAUACCAAGAAGCCAGAAUAUUGGAGCCGACGAAGUAUCAAAACUAGCGUCAUCAGAAGAAGGGGAAACGAGCACAGACAUGGCAAUAGAGAUCCAGAAACACCCGAGUAUUGAAGAGGUGGCGGUGUUCUCCAUCCAAAGCACAGACACCUGGAUGACGCCCAUAAUAUCCUUCCUCCAGGACGGGCACCUACCUCAAGACACUGAAGAAGCCAGGAAGAUCAAGAAGAGGGCAGCCAGAUUCACGAUCUUGAAUGACGUCUUGUACAAGAGAGGCUUCUCAAUGCCCUACUUGAAGUGCGUCGACGAGGAAGAGGCCAAAUACAUCUUGGAGGAGGUGGACGCUGCUAACAUCGUCAGAAGGUGUGACAAAUGCCAACGAUACGGGAAUGUGCAGCGGCUUCCAGCAGAGAAAAUGACGACCAUAGCUUCCCCAUGGCCAUUUGCACAAUGGGGAAUCGACAUCGUCGGUCCUCUGCCCCAAGAGGCCCUAGCAACGAUCACUGAGGCUCGGAUCCAGAACUUUGUGUGGAAAAACAUAGUAUGCAGGUUCGGGAUUCCCUCGACGAUCAUAUCAGACAAUGGAAGGCAGUUCGACAGUCAAGGCUUCAGGGAAUUCUGCUCAAGCCUUGGGAUCAAGAAUCAGUUCUCAUCCCCAGGGCAUCCUCAGGCAAACGGACAGACGGAAGUGACGAACCGGACGCUGCUCAAGAUUAUCAAGACCAGACUGGACGAUGCGAAAGGUGCCUGGCCAGAAGAACUACCAAAUGUCCUAUGGGCUUACAGAACCACCGCCAGAACCCCAACGGGAGAAACCCCCUUCAGGCUUACCUAUGGUACAGAAGCAGUAAUCCCAGUCGAAGUAGGGGUCACAAGUAUCAGGCGUGGAACCUUCAACAAAGAGAUCAAUGACGACGAACUACGACUGAACCUAGAUUGUCUAGACGAAGUAAGAGUCAACGCAUCCAGCAAGAUGACGAGGUAUCAAAGGAAAAUGGCCGAAUACUAUGACAAACGGGUCAAACUGAGACGCCUGGACAUAGGAGACCUCGUCCUACGCAGGACCACCAUGGCAACUAAAGACCUUACCCAGGGAAAGCUAGGUCCUAUAUGGGAAGGUCCCUACCGAGUCGUUCACUACUCAAGACAAGGAAGUUAUCACCUGGAAACCAUGGACGGACAAAGGCUCCCUCGACCAUGGAAUAUUGAGCAUUUAAAAAAGUACCACCAGUAA